AUGAACAUGGAUUUAGCCUCCGAGCGGCUGAAUGGCAGAGGUCCCAGCACAAAACGCAAAGCCUCCGCAUCACUGGGGCCCUUCAUGCGCAUCGGCAUGCCCGUGCUGGCGGCGGUGCUCAGCCUCACCUGUCUGGCUACGGUUGGGUUCCUGGUGGCAAAGCUGACUUUGUGUCCGUCUCCAGCCCGUGUUUCCAAAGACAGAUCCAUCCUGCAGGUGCUUAACAGAAACACCAGAGCCUGGUCCUGCAUCUGCCAUGACCACUUCAACCCGGCGCUGGCGAAAGCAGCCUGCGAGCAGAUGGGCUACGGGAGGUACGGCCGCUUUCUCCACGCCUCUCUCGCCUGCUCUAUCCAUCCCUCUCCCAUAAAAGCGCAUUUUGGGUGGGGCUCCCUCCACUUACCAAGCAGGAAAUGCCUCUCUGGACUGGCUGUUUCGCUCUUUUGCUCCAGCUGCGGGGAGAGCACGAGGACUCCCCGCGUGCUGGGCGGGAGCCCUGCGGCCAUCAGGGCUUGGCCCUGGCAGGUCAGCCUGCGGUACAGGAACGAGCACAUCUGCGGGGGCAGCAUCAUCGACCCCAGCUGGGUCCUGACGGCAGCGCACUGCUUCAAGAACAACCCCAUCGUUCAGAGCUGGCACGUGAAGGCUGGCUCCAACCUCCUCCAGGGCGCCGCCACCCUUGCUGUGGAGAAGGUCUUCGUGGCGGAGGUGACGUCCACGUCCCCCAGGGACAAUGACAUUGCCCUGGUGAAGCUGCGGUCUCCCCUGCAUGUCUCAGACAGCAUCAAGCCCAUCUGCCUGCCCUAUUUCGAUGAGGAGCUGGUGCCAGGCACACCCCUGUGGGUGAUAGGCUGGGGCUACACGCAGGAGCAUGGCAAACUGUCGGAGACCCUGCAGCAGGCGGAGGUGGAGCUCAUAGACAAGGAGAGCUGCAACCUGACCGCCUACCACGGGAAGGUCACCCAGAAGAUGCUGUGUGCCGGCCUGCCCCAAGGCGGGGUGGACGCCUGCCAGGGGGACAGCGGCGGUCGGAGCUCUGAGACCUGCCGGGACGGUUGCCUCCCCUCUCCCCAAGCCUCCCUCCCUGUCCCCACGCGCUUGGCUGUCUCGGCUCCAGCCGCAGCUGGGAAAUGGAUCCCAAGCCCCGGAAGGUGA